GUACUCGAUAGUGAAUUUUACUGAUUUCAACUAAAAAAUUCUGUAGUUACUCAAAACGGUUUCCUUGCAAUGUUUUAAUAUAUUUCGAACUUUUUCAGUGCUGAAUGAUCUUACUUGCACUUUUUCGAAACUUAUCUAUACGACCGCUGUGAAUUCAUUCAGACUUCCGUCACUAGAUGGCGGUACUUUCUCGAUUUUUGCGAACGCUGACUUUCUCGCUUUCUUUUAUUCUCGCCUAAGCAAAGAGAAGAUCCCAGAUCUGAGAGAGAGAGCGGCACUUGCAACUCACCAGCGUUAGCGGGCGGUAGGAAGCGGAGCUGCGCUUCAACAAGUGUCACUGUUGACGCGCGUUUAAUAAUGGCUUUCAGCUUUUGGUCUUGGGCAAUUUCCAUUUCCGUUAGUAUGAUGAGACCUUUGAGUGACUUUCGGCCGGUUGGUUAAAUAAAUUACAUAAAAAUGAACUGAAAUUAGGGAAUUGAUAACCGUAGGUAGAUUAAACUUGCAAAUGUGAACUUGGGAAUGCCUUCACUAAAAUACCUGAACAGAGAAAUGAAUUCAGAUAUGUAUAUCACCCCAGAAAAGCUUUAUGAAGAUAUAAAAUCACCUGACACUCGUAGCCUGACCAUUGACUGUAGGUCCGCUUCAGAUUAUCACGAAAGUCAUGUUAAAGGUGCUAUAAACGUUACUAUCCCUGCUUCUGUUAUCAUGUUAAGGCGGUUAGCAAAUGGGAAAAUGAGCAUUCCUAGUAUCAUAAGAGGAGCAGAAAAUCGGGAGAAGUUUAAUCAACAGUGGAAGACUCACCUGAUCGUUCUAUACGAUUAUGACACUGAAGCCAUAAAGCUCUCUGGACCAUGUGUUCUAAGCACGUUAUUCCGACGACUCCGGCAAGAUGGCUGCCAAGUUGUUUGUUUACAAGGUGGCUUUAAUGCUUUCAAAAGCUUAAUGCCAGAAUGGUUGGAGAGUGAUUCCGCCGAGGCCCGAGAUUCUGAUCUGAGCUUGGAGAAUCUUCGGAUUACUCCUCUGUCGGAGAGCGAUUCUGAGAACGAGCACUGUGACAGCGGCUUAGAAGGCGAACCUAGCCCCAACGACCCACCGUUCCCUGUCGAAAUUCUGCCCUACUUAUUCCUCGGCAACGCCGAAAACUCGGCGGACCUCGAAGCUUUACAGCGGCACAAAAUACGUUAUAUCCUGAAUGUAACUCCAAAUCUUCCAAAUGCGUUUGAAGAUAAAGGUCUCGGGAUCAAGUAUAUGAAGAUACCUAUACAAGACCACUGGUCACAAAAUCUAGCCACUUUUUUCCCUGAAGCCAUUGCUUUCAUAGAUGAAGCCCGUCAGAAAAAGGAAUGCAUUCUAGUGCACUGUUUAGCUGGCAUCAGCCGUUCCGUGACAAUCACGCUCGCUUAUCUUAUGCAGAAAUUGAGCAUGCCACUGAAUGACGCCUACGAUUUCGUUCGUCAACGUAAAGCCAACAUUUCGCCAAACUUCAAUUUUAUGGGCCAACUCAUGGACUUCGAGCGCCAGCUGAAUCUUGGUCCUUGCCAUUGUACGUGUCAAGCUAAUCCUUGCCACUGUCAGACCCUCCAUUUCAUUUCACCUACCCGCACCACGCCUGAUUCUGGCAUCGAUGUUGAUCACUGGACUUAGAGACUAACUUUAUCGCGUGUUUACCGUUUUAUUUGAGCUUUUGAAAUUGACUAGGUAUUCUUGAAGAAGCGGGAAUUUUCUGUUGUUGAUAUGGUAGUGCCAUCUGUCGGCGAUUUGAAGUGAAAGUCAUAUUGUCUCUUUUUAAUUGUGCGUUAUUGUUAUAGGGGUAAUGUGCAACUUACGAUGAAAAAUUGCAUUUAUCGUGAAGGAAUUUUUAACGCAAGUGUUUUUAAUUUUAAAGGUGAUGAUAUCAGAGUACAUAUAUAGAUAUAUUUAUAUAUCUAUAUAUGUAUAUCUAUAUAUGUAUGCAUGUAUAAUCUUAUUAACAACUGUAGUUUUUAGAUUCUUAAAUGUUUGUGUGAGAUUUUAUUGAGAAACCUGAAAUUUGUGCUGGCACAAUUUCUGGCGCACAUCGGCAAAUGACUUUUGCUAAUUGCACAGGGUGUACACCCAUUUACCCCUUGCAUGCCAUUUGUGCUGUAAUGUGAAAUAUAUAUAUAAUCUAGUCUAUGUACACAUAUUACUACUGUUUUAUAUGAUAUAUAUCUAUAUUUAUAUCUCUCUAUAUAGGUAUAGAUGUACACGCAGAUGGAAUAUGCACGCGCAGAUACAGAUAUAUCAUUUGUGACUACAUGUGUGGAAUCUGGGGAUUGAUCUAAAACCAAUCAAAUGUCAUUAAGUGUCUUGAUGUACUGGGGAUAAGAUAUUUUAAAUCAUCGUAUUUUUAAUUCUUUGCUGAGUUUUGGCUAAACAGUGUUGAUUUCAUAAUUUCUGUGAAAUACAGCGGAUAAUAAUUUGUAUUAGAAGAUAAAUUUUACCUACUACUUGAUUAAAAUGUAUUUUCCUCAGUGAAUGGUCAAUUUUUCAAAACUGUAAUAUGUCAAAAUAUUUAUAAAAGAAAAAAGUUCGCAUAUUUAUGUGUAAAGUAGUUACGUUCGCAUAAUAUGUUCGCCUAAAAUAACUACAUUAGUAUAACUGUUUUGCAAGAAAUGCAGAUUUUGUCAACGAAAUUCAGUACAAUUGUUUCAAAAUUUUAAAUGCUUUGCAUUUUAACCUCGUAAGUUUUGUUUUCCAUGUUUAAAUGGAGGUACAUAAAAUUAUAAUAUUUCCUCCCAUUGUCAUCUAAAUUUAUCAAUUUUCAUAGACAUUACUAUAAUAAUUAUGAGAGUACAGAGAAUUAAAGCUUUAUCAGAGAGUUGAAAAUUUUUUAAUUCCAGUCCCCGUUAAAACAUUAGUAACAUAUUACUUUCAUGUUACUUCAAAACAUCUUUCAAAAUAUAACUUACAAGU